CCUGCCAGUUGUGGAAACGGAUUAAUUGAUGAUGGGGAAGAUUGCGACUGCGGUUCAUUUAAAGAAGAAAUCUGUUCAAGGCAGUGCUGCAACACAACAACUUGCAUGUUUACUCCAGGCUCGGAAUGUGCCACAGGACUGUGUUGUGACUUCAACACAUGCAAGCUCAAACUCGCCGGAGAGAUUUGCAGAGAGGUGAAAGAUGAAUGCGACAUUGAAGAUAAAUGCAGUGGAACAUCAAAUCUCUGC